CCGACCAACAUGACAGGAGAGAGGGCAGGAAGACCGGAGAUCCGGUGCCCCGCUUAUAUUCAUCCUUUGGGUGUUCGACUCUCCUACAGGACUACGGGUUGCUCUUCGAGUCAGAGCUUGGCAGUGUUAUUACCAGAAAAUGCAUCGAGCACCAACUCCGGGCCUACCCACUGCCAUCUCGGAGAUGGAGCAACAGAACACGCAGCAGCACCAGCAGCGGGCUUCUUCUUCCUCAUCUUCUCGUGCUUAUCAUUUCCACCCGGCUCGACCAGCCAUUGUUGACCUUUUCAAUCAAUACUUGGGGCGGACCGAGCGGCAGAAAUCAGAUGAAUCAGCUAAAGAACCCCCGAAUAAAGCUCAGAAACGGGUUACCGCUAUUAAUAGAGAACUUCCUCCCCCUAAUGAGCAGUUCCUCUUUGAUUUCGAGCAGAUACAACGCCAGUUUCUCGACCAGGAACAACUACGGGCUGUAACAGAGUCUGUCUUAAUUUCUAUGGUUAUACAAUGCUGUGGUCAUGCUCCAAGGGCUGAGUUUUUACUAUUUGCACUGGGUCGUUUGUACAAUAUAGGAAACAUAAAUUGGGACACUUUUCUACCAGCUCUUCUGUCCUCAGUUUCUUCUGCUGAGACACCAAUUGGUCAGGGUAGUCAAGCAGUUGCUGCUGUAGCUUCUGCAACAUCUUCACAAUCAGGAGUUCUUGUGCAUUCAAGUGCAGUCACUAAUUCGACUCAUUACCAAUCAUCAAACCCUGCAUCCCCUUUGGCUUCAGUUCAUGGUAUUGGAUCUCCGGCAAUGUCAACAGCUGAUCCAUCAUCUUGUGCUGUAUUGUCUCCCAUGAAGUCCAAUGAUGUAACUUGCACUGGUCAGCAGCUGGAAAGGAUCAGCAUAUCAGCCAGAGAAAAUGCUAUAAGCAGUCUCCGUCAACUAUCUUGCAAGAUCAUUUUGAUUGGCCUAGAUUCUAAUCUGAAGCCAGUUACACAUGCAGAUAUCUUUAACCACAUGCUGAAUUGGCUUGUUAAUUGGGAUCAAAAGCAGCACGGGCUUGAUGAAUUUGAUAGUGCAAAAUUUUGGAAGCCUGAUAAAGCCUUGAUUGAAUGGUUGCACAAUUGUCUAAAUGUGAUUUGGUCGUUAGUUGAGGAUGGUAAAUGCCGUGUACCAUUUUAUGAGCUAAUACGCAGUGGUUUGCCAUUUAUUGAAAAUAUACCAGAUGAUGAGGCAUUGUUUACCCUUAUCUUGGAGAUUCAUAGGAGACGAGAUAUGAUGGCAACACACAUGCAAAUGUUAGAUCAACACCUUCACAGCCCUACUUUUGGAACCCCUAGACUCUUGCCUCAGGCUACUACCAACAUAUCUGGUGAAACUGUUACUAACAUGAGAUAUUCGCCAAUUACAUAUCCAAGUGUUCUUGGAGAACCUUUGCACGGGGAGGAACUUGCAAUAUGCAUUCAAAGAGGAAGUCUCGACUGGGAGAGAGCUCUGCGAUGCUUGAGGCAUGGUUUCCGUAACACACCAUCUCCUGAUUGGUGGAGGCGUGUGCUUCUUUUGGCACCUUGCCAUAGGCUUCAUGCACAGGGACCUACUCCUGGUGCAGUUUUCACAUCUGAAAUGAUUAGUGAGGCAACUAUUGAUAGAAUCGUGGAAUUAUUGAAGCUGACAAAUUCAGAGAUGAACUGCUGGCAGGAGUGGCUUAUAUUUUCUGAUGUGUUCUUUUUCCUCAUGAAACAUGGAUGCAUUGAUUUUGUUGAUUUUGUUGACAAGCUAGUUUCUCGACUCCAAGACACCGAUCAACAUAUCCUUAGAACAAAUCAUGUUACAUGGUUACUUGCUCAAGUUAUCCGUGUAGAGCUUGUAAUGAAUGCACUAAACACGGACCCAAGAAAGGUGGAGACAACCAGAAAGAUCCUCUCAUUCCAUAAGGAAGACAGAAGCUCUGAUCCUAAUAACCCCCAAAAUAUCUUACUAGACUUCAUUAGUAGUUGUCAGAACUUGCGAAUUUGGUCACUAAAUACUUCAACCAGAGAAUAUUUGAAUAAUGAGCAGCUUCAAAAGGGAAAGCAGAUAGAUGAAUGGUGGAGGCAAGCCAGCAAAGGUGAACAUAUCAUGGACUAUAUGAAUAUGGAUGAGAGGUCAGUUGGGAUGUUUUGGGUUGUCUCGUACACCAUGGCGCAGCCAGCGUGUGAAACAGUUAUGAGCUGGUUAGCCUCUGGUGGAGUAACAGAGAUACUACCUGGAUCAAAUCUACAAUCAAGUGAGAGAUUGAUGGUGAUGCAGGAAGUUAGCCCAUUGCCAAUAUCUUUGUUAUCUGGGUUCUCAAUAAAUUUAUGCUUGAAAUUGGGGUAUCAUAUGGAAGAUUCUUUGUUUUCUGGACAGAUUGUUCCUAGCAUUGCAAUGGUUGAAACAUAUGCUCGACUGCUGCUAAUUGCUCCUCAUGCAAUGUUCCGCUCGCUUUUAACGCAAGUAACCCAGAGGAAUCAAUCUCCCAUAAGCAAACCAGCUUCUUUAAUCUUGGUCUUUGAAAUUCUAAAUUACCGUUUGCUUUCACUCUACAGGUACCAAGGGAAGAGUAAAGGUUUAAUUCAUGAUGUCACAAAAAUUCUUGCUACACUGAAAGGGAAACGAGGAGAUCAUCGUUCCUUCCGAUUAGCUGAAAACUUGUGCUUGAAUCUUAUCCUGUCAAUGAGGGAGUUUUUUUAUGUGAAGAGGGAUGGGAAGGGUCCAACUGAGUUUACUGAGACUUUAAAUCGGAUAACAGUUACUACUCUUUCCAUCAUCAUCAAAACUCGUGGCAUUGCGGAGGUUGAACACAUGCUGUACCUUCAAACGAUGUUAGAACAGAUUUUGGCUGCCAGUCAACAUGCAUGGUCUGAAAGGACUCUCCGUCAUUUCCCUUCUAUGUUACGGGACGCUAUGGCUGGUCGGAUAGAUAAAAGGGGCUUAGCUAUUCAAGCAUGGCAGCAGGCAGAAACAACUGUGAUUAAUCAAUGCACCCAGCUUCUUUCUACAUCUGCUGAUCCAACAUACGUCAUGACUUACAUUAAUCACAGUUUCCCUCAACAUCGCCAAUAUCUUUGUGCCGGUGUUUGGAUAUUGAUGUAUGGCCAUCCUGAGAGCAUAAACAGUUUGCAUCUUGGCCGUGUUUUGAGAGAAUUUUCCCCUGAAGAAGUUACUGAUAAUAUAUACACAAUGGUGGAUGUCCUACUACAUCACUUCAACUUGGAACUGCAACGUGGCCGUUCCUUGCAGGAUCUUAUGCUGAAAGCAUGUGCUAAUAUCACCUUCUUUGUUUGGACUCAUGAGCUUCUGCCCUUAGAUAUUUUACUCUUAGCACUUAUCGACCGUGACGAUGAUCCUCAAGCUCUGCGAAUUGUGAUAAAUAUACUAGACAGCAAGGAGCUUCAGCAAAAAGUGAAAUCGUAUCUCAUAAACCGUGGUCAACCUGAACAUUGGCUUUUUACUGGAACUUUCAAGCGGCAAGAAUUGCAAAAGGCACUUGGAAAUCAUUUAUCGUGGAAGGAAAGGUGCCCAACAUUUUUUGAUGAUAUUGCUGCAAGAUUGCUUCCAGUUAUUCCCCUGAUCCUAUAUAGGCUUAUCGAGAAUGAUGCUUUUGAUGCUGCUGACAGAAUUAUCCAAGUUUAUUCCACCUUCCUUCAUUACUAUCCUUUGAAUUUUACUUUUGUGCGAGAUAUACUUGCCUAUUUCUAUGGCCAUCUUCCAGGGAAACUUAUUCAUCGGAUCUUGAGCGUGUUGGAUGUGAAAAAGAUUCCAUUUUCUGAGUCUUUCCCUCAGCAUAUCAAUAUAUCUAAUGCUACAAGUUGUCCGCUGGAUUACUUCGCAACUCUCCUAUUGGGCCUGGUGAAUCAUGUAAUUCCUCCGCUCAACUCUUCUAAAAACGGACAAGUGGGAGAAAAUUCCAACAGUUCUGUACGAGUACCACAUAACAAGGUUCACACAACGUCACAGGCUACUCCAGUAGCUCCUGAAGGACAGAAGCCAUUCUAUCAAAUCCAGGAUCCUGGAACAUAUACACAGCUGAUUCUUGAAACAGCCGUGAUUGAAAUCCUCUCUCUUCCUGUAACUGCAUCACAGAUUAUAUCAUCUCUUGUUCAAAUUGUUGUGCACAUACAACCAACUCUGGUUCAAUCUGUCAAUGGAUUACAUCCCACUGGUGUUGGUCAAAGUUCUGUCUUGCCAACUUCUCCAUCUGGAGGAAGCACUGAUUCUUUAGGUGCAACCAGAACUCCUAUUUCAGGAUUAAGUACGUCUAGCUUUGUUUGGCGAAGUGGUUACACUUGCCAGCAAUUAUCCUGCUUGUUAAUCCAGGCAUGUGGUCUACUUUUAGCUCAGCUACCCCCUGAGUUUCAUGUUCAGUUCUAUAUAGAAGCAUCGCGGGUAAUAAAAGAGAGUUGGUGGCUGUCUGAUGGUAAAAGGUCAGUAGGUGAACUUGAGUCAUCUGUUUGCUAUGCGUUGUUAGAUCCAACAUGGGCUGCCCAGGACAACACCUCUACAGCCAUUGGUAAUGUGGUGGCCUUGCUGCAUUCUUUCUUCAGCAACCUUCCUCUUGAGUGGCUGGAGGGAUCGCUUCUUAUCAUUAAGCAUCUCAAACCUGUGACAUCAAUUGCAGGAUUGAGAAUAGCUUUCCGUAUUAUGGGUCCUUUGCUUCCACGACUGGCCAAUGCGCACACCCUGUUCAGUAAGAUAUUGUCGGGGCUAUUAAGUGUCAUGGCAGAUGUAUUUGGAAAGAACGUGCAGUCACAGGCUCCUGUAGAAGCAUCUGAGAUAUCUGAUAUUAUAGACUUUCUGCAUCAUAUUGUUCAUUAUGAAGGGCAAGGAGGACCUGUACAACCAAGCAGCAAACCAAGAGCAGAAAUCCUAGCUCUUAUUGGCAGAGCAGCUGAAAAUUUACGCCCAGAUGUACAGCAUCUUCUUACUCACUUAAAAAAUGAUGUUAACUGUUCAGUAUAUACAACCGUUAAUUCUAAAUCCUAAACCCUAUCAAAUGAAGUGUUGAUGUGAUGAGUAAUGAUAAUUCAUAGGUUGAGAUGUUUUAAUAUAGUAAUUUUUUAUCAACAAAGUUAAUUUUUCAUAGGUUGAGAUGUUUUAAUAUAAUAAUUUAUUGUCAAGACAGUUAAUUUUUAUGAUUUUAGGAAACUGUAGAGAUCUUAUUAUAGUUUUGAUGAGCGUCAAUACGCACAGUGCCUCAUUGUACACAUCUAUAGUUAUUAGUGAGUCGAAAUUAAUAUAAUUUUAAGUAUUUGUGUU